AUGUUCUCGUGGUUCUCGUCCAGCAAGCCCGCAAAGGACCCGGCCCCGCCAGCCGCUACAGCACCUCCUCCCCCAGCACCAUCAGCGAGUUCGAGCGCCAAGACGCAGCUAGAGCGGCUGCGGCGGCAGGACCAGCUGCGGGAGCUGCAGCAGCAGGACCGCGCCGCCAACUCGGCCCUGUCGCCGCGGUCGCUGAAGCAGCUGGGGCUCUUCUUCGCGGGCGCGGGCUUCCUCCUCUGGUCGACGUCGGUCACGCGCCGCGCCGUCGCGCGCAAGCAGCUCGCCGCCGCCCCAAAGUUCUACCACCCGUCCACCUACCAAAAGCCCACGGCCGCGGCCCGGGACGGCGCCGGCGGCCCUGCGACGGACCCGGACGCCGACGGCGGCAUGAUCGCCGCCCAGGCGCUCGGCCUCGCCACGCUCAACGUCUUUAGCUUCGCCAUCAUGAUGACGGGCGGGCUCUCGUGGGGGUUCGACAUCUCGUCGGUCGACGAGCUGCGCGGCCGGGCCAGGGAGCACAUCAUGGGCGAGGCCGCCGGCAAGACGGACGAGGAGUCGGAGAAGGAGGUCCAGGAGUGGAUGGAGGGCGUGCUCUCGCGCCUCAAGAAAAAUGACGGCCCGGCGCUGGCAGACAAGCCCCAAGACAAGGAAGAGAGGUAG